AAAGGGGGGGGGGGGCUGUGUGCCUUCGGCCCCCCACCCCAGCCGAGAGUCGCAGGUGCGCGUGCGCGCCUUCACUUGGACCGCGCAGGUCUCCGGGAGAGCGGGGAUCCGUUGGCCGGCCCCCCGUGCCUCGACCUCCCCCCCGGGCGGACGGUGUGAUGCUGGCCUCGUGCGUCCGGCGGCGGCGGCGGUGGGUCCCGUCGUCUCCGGGGGUCCCGGGGCCGGCGUCCGUCCCCCGUCCCCGCCGGGCCCACGGCGAGGACCGGGCCUCCCAACUCAGGGUCUUCGUGGAGGAGAACACGGAGGUCACCAGCGCCGGCAGUCUGACCCCCGAAAUCCGCCUGCGCCUCCUGACCCCGCGCUGCACCUUCUGGGCCGGGAGAAGCGACCUUUGGCCCUACGGUGACCCUUACUGGGCCAUCUACUGGCCCGGGGGGCAAGCCCUAGCCAGGUACCUCCUGGAUAAUCCGGACGUGGCCAGAGGGCGGUCGGUCCUGGACCUGGGCAGCGGCUGUGGGGCGGCCGCCAUAGCCGCCAGGAUGAGCGGCGCCGCCCGGGUUGUCGCCAACGACAUCGACCCCGUGGCAGGUGUGGCGGUGGCGUUGAAUUGCGAAUUGAAUCACCUGAAGCCCACCAUCCCGGUCUUAACCGAGAACCUUCUGGACGCCCCACGGGGCGACUGGGAGCUGGUGGUUUUGGGAGACAUGUUUUACGCCGGGGAGCUGGCCGACGGCCUUCACCGCUGGCUGACGAGCCGCGGCGGGACCCGCGGGUCCAAGGUGCUCAUCGGCGAUCCCGGGAGGCCCCAGUUCUCCGAGCACGGCAUUCGGAGCCAGCUGCGUAAAGUGGCCGAGUAUUCCCUGCCGGAAUCCACCCGGCGGGAAAAUCACGGCCUGACAGCCAGUUCUGUCUGGGAUUUCCGGCCCUGAGGCGUCCGACGUGUCCGGAAGGUCAGAGUGGAAUUUUGUUUUGUGGCUCAGUGGAAAGAGCCCGGGCUUUGGAGUCAGAUGGGUUCAAAUCCCGGCUCCGCCAAU